AUGUCUGCGCGCGUGUGUCUGUGUAGAUAUAGUGGGCCGUCAGGGUUGGGAGUGUCAGGCGGGAGAUCCUGGGCUGUGAGCAGCGCUGACGUUACUGCUGUGUUUCAGGGAGGUCUGCUAUCCAUGCUUAUCUCACUGGGCCUGAUGAUGUGGCUGUCAGUGACUCCACACAACUCCGAGACGGAGAAGAAGAGACUCCUGAUCCUGUCCACCUUCGCCUUUUUCACAGGCACUGGACUGGGACCGCUAAUGGAUCUUGUCAUUUCCAUUAACCCUACCAUCAUCCCCACUGCGUUCCUGAUCUCAGCCCUGGUCUUCUGCUGCUUCACACUCAGCGCCUUGUACGCUCAGCGCCGUAGCUACCUCUUUCUGGGAGGUAUCCUGAUGUCUCUCCUGACCGUACUAUGCCUGCUUCCCCUGGUCAACCUCAUCUUCGGAUCAGUCCUGCUUGUCAAGGCCCAGCUCUAUACUGGCCUCCUGGUCUUCUGUGGAUUCAUCCUGUUUGACACCCAGCUUAUUAUCGAGAAGGCGGAGAACGGGGACAAGGACUACAUCUGGUGAGUAAUGGGGACACAACUGGAGC